AAGCUGUCUGCAGACAGUCGUCAGACAGUAUCUGUUCAGCUGCCGACAUGGACACACAUCGGAGGGAGAGUUUGACACGUAAACACCUGGCAGAGAGACGGAGACGAGCCAAGAUAAACUACUACCUGGAUGAAAUUGAAGCUUUGAUUUCGCCCCCAGCCACAAAGGGUACACCGGUGAAGAUGGAAAAAGCCGAACUACUUGAAAAGACAGUGGCCUACCUAAAAGCGCUGCGGUCGAGCGGCGUCGACUUUCGUCAUUUCCGGCACCAGCAACUGCCUCGACUACAAGCGCCACGAGUAGGUGUCUACUCUCCCUACAACCUUCCGCCCAUUACGGACAGAACGUCACGUCAAGAUGACGCCAUCACUGACGAAUUCCAGCCAUUGAACCUGAAGACACAGUCAGACGACGAUGCCAAAGAACAGAACUCAACCUCUGGCCCUGAAGGCCUUAACCCAGGAACUCCGAAAGCGAAAGACAUAUCUGACAUUUCCAGUGCGGGAGUGACCUUGUUCCCUGCUGCAUCUGUAGAGUGUGGGAGCGAUCCUCGUACUUGUGACACUUCUGUGGGGGGAUACCUGCCCCCUGAGCUAGUGGUGAAGCAGGAGAGUGACACUGAUCUUUCUCUAUACACACUGGACCCCACUCGUUCAGGAAACUUAGUGUGGCGGCCGUGGAAGAAAUUAGUUUAGUCUGCACGGGUCCUUUAGGUAGAUCACCGUGACGGACAAAGUCAGCGCAU